AAAAUUUUGUGAUAUUUUAGCACUUAGUUAAGGACUUGAUUGUGAGGAAAUAUUAUUUUGGGGCUUAUUAGCUAAAAUGUCCAAACUUGAAGGACUUAAAAGAGUAGAAAUUUGGAUAAGGACCGGGUAUUUCUUCUUCUUUCUUUCUUCAGCCUUGCGCGUUUUUGCUCUUCUUCUCCUUCUCACCCGACAACCCCUCAAGCCCCCCCAUCCACCGACUCCCCUUCCCUUGAGAAAAACCGAAAUUCGGAUCUGCCCUGCUCUGCUUCUUCCGUCCAGUGCUCUGCCGUGUGUGGGGGUGAGUUUCUCGGUUUUUCUGUGGCGUGAAAGCUCCUCCAAUUUCCCGCCGGCUUCCCCAAUCUGUAGCUCCAGUUCCUUGCUUGCAAAUUCUGGUUCUUGAUCGUUCUGUCAGUUUGGCACUGAGAUCGAGUCUUCGGUUUUAUGCGAUUUGAGGAAGCGAAACUGAGGACGGGGAAACCACGGGAAGUGACGAGUUAGAAGGCUAGCCAUUUUGAGAUUGAUAUAGAUUUUAGAUAUAAAUUAUGAUCUUCCUUGCCUGAUUCUGCUCUUCUUUUUCUUUCUUCCCGCUGCAGCCACUCGAAAGAAAAAGAAAGGGAACCCGACAGCCAUGCUUGAGGAAAUCGGUAGAGAGCUUGAUUUUUCCCUUCUUUUCUUGUCCAAGAACCUGAUUUGGAACCCAGAAAU